AUGGCAUCAAGGUGUCUUACUGUUUUGUUCCUGAUGACUGUCUGGCUUACUUACGGAGUGGAGUCUCAUUCCUGGUCUUUGCAAUCGCCGGACUCAACGUGCAGUGAGCGCUGUUUGACGGGUUGUAAUCCAGAGUCUGGUGUCUGUGAUGACUGUCUUCGUGGGUUUUACGGUGAUCUAUGCCAGUUCGAUUGUGAUGAAAAUUGUGCUUGGUGUAACCGAUCAAAUGGUGAAUGUAUUGAAUGCUCCCGUGGUUGGUAUGGUGAGUUUUGUGACCUCGCUUGUGAGGAAAAAUGUCUUGCUUGUGAAAAUAAUGGAGGAGCCUGUGUAAAAUGCAAGGCAGCUCGCUGGGGCCCGGAGUGUACUAAAGACUGCCCUGACAAUUGUAUCUCUUGUGAUAUGAAUACAGGAGAAUGUCGAUCCUGUAAUGAAGGUUAUUAUGGUAUUAACUGCACAGAGACAUGUGGACAUUGUUGGCAACGACACUGCGGACGGAUAUCCGGUGAAUGCGUUUACGAGUGUGAAGAAGGUUGGUUCGGUGCCAGAUGCAAAGACAGAUGCCUAGAAAACUGUUCCAUUUGCAACGACAAAGACACGUGUUCAAUAUGUCAUCCUGGGCUAGCUGGCAUAAAAUGUGAUAUCAAAUGUCCAAGCGUCUGUAGUAAAUGUAUGUAUGAUCCUACGUCCGAACAAGUGUCAUGUACGGAGUGUACAUCUGGAUUGAAACUUCCGGCCAAGGACUGCACAUGUCGCGAUGACAUGUGUCUGGAGUUUGCCACGAUGGGAGAUAAAAGUGCAUGCAAUAAAUGCAAAAAUGGCACCGUAGAAUACUUGGGUACAUGUUGCCCAUGCUCUCAUUGCAAGGGAGGAAAUGAAAAUUGUCACAGCAUGCAAGGAUGUACUAAAGGAUGUGAGCCCGGGUUUUACUCCACAGUGUCCGGCUGUGACUUACCCUGCGGUGAUGAGCAUUGCACUCUUUGUCAGUUAACGAGAGGUAAUGCCAAGAUUUGUACUCUUUGUGAAGACGGUUGGUAUCCCAACGAAGAGGGGUGUUACUCCUGCAGUGAAAACUGUGCUGGGGACGGCAAUCCCUGUAACAACGAGACAGGUGUAUGCUUAAAUGGGUGUAACGAAGGAUGGCAUAACCAUCACUGCGACUCCAAGUGCAAUGAAACGUGUACGAUAUGUGAUAAUGAUCAGGGUAUUUGUAAAACGUGUGACCUUGGUUACUGGGGAAUCCAGUGUGAAAACCAAUGUCCAGAUAACUGUAAACUAUGCAAUAUAACGAGUGGAGCUUGCUUAAUCUGUGAAAAGGGGUACGUAGGAGCCAAUUGCACUGACGCAUGCAAAAACUGUGAAGAAGAAAGAUGCCAGUUGAAUACUGGUAUAUGUGACAUUGGAUGUAAGCAGGGCUGGUUUGGAGAUUUUUGUAGUACGCGGUGUCCACCUGGGUGUCUUUCAUGCGAUUCCACAGAAUCUUGUCUGGAAUGUUCGCCUGGAAAAGCUGGACUUCUGUGUCAAUACGACUGUCCAAACAAAUGCAAGUCGUGUUUCUAUGAUGAUUUUACUGAGGAAAUCCAUUGUGAAAGUUGUGGUGAUGCAUAUGAAAUUGAAGAGAAGUCAUGUGAAUGUUCAAAUUCAAAAUGCACUGAAUAUGCAACAAAUGUGAAUACAGUACGGUGCAAAUCAUGUGAGAAGGGCUGGUUCCCGUAUAUGUAUUCUUGUUGUCCUUGCUCCAAGUGUGAACAGGGACAAGCAACAUGCGAGCGUGUAGGCAAAUGUUCUGAUGGGUGCGGUACUACACCUAGAAGCGUGGCGAUGUCUGGGUGUAGUACGAAGUGUAGUAUAUCUCAUUGCACAUGGUGCGAAUUUAAUAGUACGGGAUCGGAAACCUGCCUGAUGUGUUCUGAAGGGUGGUACCCAAGUGCUAGUGGAUGUCAGUCUUGCAGUGAUCACUGUGUUGGCACAGAAAGAAAGUGUGACAACAUAACCGGCAACUGUCUUCGUGGGUGUCUGCAAGGAUGGCAUGGAAAACGUUGUUUGACCAGAUGUAAUGACCACUGUGCACAAUGUAACGAAACUUCAGGUGUAUGCCGUAUAUGCAAUUCUGGAUUUUGGGGGGACGAGUGUGAAAACACAUGUGAACAAGGGUGUAAACAAUGCACGUCAAAAAUGGAAGAGUGCAAAUCAGACCAGAUAUACUGCAAUCGAACUUCAGGGCAUUGUUUAAAUGGGUGUAAUCCAGGGCUUUACGGCGGAACAUGUGAUACCCAUUGCAAAAGAUGCAAGCUUGAUAAAUGUAGCCAGGAGAAUGGUCAGUGCUUGUCCGGUUGCAUAAAAGGCUGGACAGGUCUUCACUGUGAUGUGAGAGUUUCCAGUGGGUUCGAACCCAUGAUGGGGCCGGUGGUUGGAGGGGCAGUAGGGAUGGGCCUUGUUAUCAUUAUCAUUAUAGUUUCUUUCGUUUGCUUUCUAAGGAAGCAGAAAUUCUCGGCAUCUCUAAAAAUCCGCAGACAUCAUAAUCAUCAUCAUCAUCAUCAUCAUCACAAUGCUCAGCACCAUCAACACCACCAACACCACCAGAAGACUUCAAAAGGAUAA